AUGGCGUGGGGAUCUUCCAAUCCGAAAACCCCUCCUCCUCCAGAGUCUGCUCUAAGUAAGGUCUGUACUGACAAGGGAAUCCCAAGCAAACUACUCCCACUCCUCAUCCUAAUCGUGGUCGUUGGUGGCUUUGCUUUCGUUGGCUACUAUGUCUACGUCACCGUCUGUGGUAUCUCUACAGCUGCCGGCGACAAGAUGGAGAAGAAGAACGUCGUGUUUACCAAGGACGGCAUGAAAGUCGGCGUCAAAGAGUUGCAAAACGAGAAAUACGUGGACAAGACGCAGAGCGCUAUGGUCAAGAUGUGGAACGCCGCGUCGUUUCCUGCGUACAAGAGCAGGAUCUGGAACCAGAAUGCCGAGAUCAACAAGCCUACGUCAAGGAAUCCAUUCUCCCGUAAUGGAUCUUCAUCUUCUGCGAGCUAA